AAAGUGUGCAUCGUUCCACGGAUUGGAGCGGUUUUAGUUUGAAAUUUUUGGAUGCAGCUGCUGAAAUCCAGAUCACUUCUGGUGUGUAAAAAGUGAAAUAAUUCGAAAAUAUUCAUCACUUUUGUGGACAAAUGUGGAUGAUUGUGCCGAUAUAGAAUAUAAAUGCAAUCUCUUUAACAGAAAAUUGUAUUCAACCACAGAAGCUAUUUUUGGGAUUAGUGUAGUUACAGCAGCAGAAAUUGUACAGUGUUAAAUAAAAAAAAAUUGAAUUAAACGUGAAACAACAGUGCAAGCAUACGAACAACAAAGCUAAAUGACAGUACAAUAGGUGUAUUAUAGCGAAAAAAAGAAGUCAGUUUGCAAAAGUUUUGUGCGAAGAGGGCGACACAUUAGCGGUGGACGGUCGCGGCCAAAAUCAUCCUGCACCGAAUACAACCAACUAAGGAACCAGAAAGAUGUCUCCAAUUCUGUUUUUGAUUCUGUUGGCAGCACCUCAGUUGUUAUUAGCAGAGAAGGACAAUUCAGUACGUCCAACAACGGACACCUACCUUGCCGACAAUGUAGGCCAAGAAAGUAUAUUUCACCCAUCCAUCUUCAACACCAGCGUUGGAAGCUUUCGAAAACCCAAGCGAGCAACGGGUGAAAUUCCGCUAUUAAUCAUCCGUCCUAUUGACAAGAAAAGGAAAAAGCAUUAUUUCAAUGAACCAAUGGUAAAACUCAUGUCUGGUGGCGUUGCAUCGUAUGGUAACUACCCUGAAAUCCAUACCAACGACGGUGAAGUAUUUUCUCUAGAACACAUGUUGCCAAUUUUGGGCUUAGAAGGAAUGGUCUUCAAUGGACUUCCGAAAAUUCCUCACUAUUCUCAUCAAAUCAAACCAACAGAUUCAGAUGCUCACUUUUUCACACAAAAGAUUCGAGAUCAGCUAUUCCCAGCACCUCUGACCAUAAAGGCUAGUGAUACUCCUAUCGCGACUUCACCACAUCAUUCGGCAGCUCCAAUAAACUAUGUUCCUGCCAUUAACACAGAAGAACAGCUGCUGAAGCUAGGGCAUCAAGCCCUAGGCAAAUUGGAAACACCUGGAUCGCCGCCAUCAUCUACAUCCUCAUCGUCAUCGUCGUCGUCAUCGUCAUCACCAGCGUCUGCUGAUAGCCCAACCUUUUCUCCUCUAGUUCAGGAAAAACCAGCGUUCGUCAAACCUGAAAUGUUACCCACCAAAUUUCACUUCAAUAAAUUCCAACCGGAAAACAUGAUGAUUAAAGCGAUUCCCAUCAAUCCUAGUCCAAACUAUGGACCUGUAAACUUCUUUGGAAUGCACAACGACAUUGUAAAACAUUACAAGCCGUCCUUCAUGUUCUUACCGCAAUCUCAACCGCACAAAUGGUUGGAUCUGCCCAAAAAACCCAUGAUGGUAACUCCGUUGUCAAUUAGUACUAAUUUCUUCUCAUCCAAACCUUCAAGUGCGGACGGUAAUCACCAACAGCUACAAUCACCGAAAACAUUUUAUCACAUACAGCCACAACAUCACCAGUCUUCUCCGGCACCUCAGACUCACAUAAACUAUUAUUUCCCGAAAGAGAUUGAAAACAUACCUCAGCCGCAAGCGCAGAUUCAAUCGCAUCCACAAAACAUCCAGCAUCCGUCAGUACCGGUGAAUACAGUUCAAAAUGGUGAGCAUGUCAAUUUUGUCGUGGCAAAGCAACCUGUUAUAGAAGUGACUUCCGAAAAAGCUUACAAGCCAUACAACGCUCAUCUGAAACACAAAUUCCCAAAACCAACAUAUGGCGAUCAGAAUGGCGGCGAGCCUUCGUUUUACAUCCACAAGGAGUUUGAUUUUUCCGGUAAAACAAACGGUAACAGCCAGAACAACAUAGUGACUGAAUAUCAUGGAUCGCACAAUCUACCAACGGUAGAAACGCAACACCUACCAGAGCCGGUUCCAUAUUCAGCGCCCCAAUAUUUGCCCUUGCCACAGGCGCAACCACUGCAACAACCAGCACCUGCCCAAACGUUACAUCAAACGCAUUCGGCAUCAACUCCCCAACCAUUCACUCACUACAACCCGAUAGUUUCUAGCCAGAACCAUUGGAAAUUGGGACGGAGGAAUCACGAGCACAUAAAGCCCGUCGUGGAAAUUACCAAUCCCGAAGCGGACAGUUCGCAUGCUUCUUCGUCGCUUGUACCGAAGACACUGAAACCGGCAGAAAAAUCCACGACGGAAGUUCGAAUCGACGUGAAACAUGUUCCGUACGUGCGGCAGACGACCGAAGGCAAGCAGGAGUCGAAAAAGAAUGGUGACAGUAGCAGCAGCAGCAGCAGCAGCAACAGCAGUAGUAGUAGCAACGUUAUCAGUAACAGUGAAAGCAGCAGCAGUGCCAGCAAUAUCGGUACAAGUUCCGUUCGAACCACAACGCGGUCUGCCCGGCAGGGAUGAUUUCCCAAAACCAGAGGGGCCGGUCCGAAGAAGACUGGAACUGGAGUAACAGGUUGAACCCAUCAACCGCGGAUCAAAUGAACGAACAAUGAAGUUUGAUUAUGCCGUAAACAUAGAUUGAUAUGGAUGAUUGAACAACGGAGACGCCGGCUGUGGGAAACAACGCCCAUAUUUCGGUUACAAAAAUAAACUCAAUUUGUGCCGGUAUAUUUCGAAUGCGGAAAAAAUCGAAGCUUUCGUUACUCGCUUUUUUAAUUUAGAUACAAAAUCGUUAUUGCCAAUGGCACUUGAGUAUAUGUUAUUUAUUUAUUAAAGUAGAGUUUUGCUGUUAUCAUUAGAACCAAUAUUUCUUAUUACAAUACGUAGGUUAGUUUUAUUGACUCUGAUUACAGUUUGAACUACGUGCGAGUGUGAUGAUUCAAGAGAGAUAUUUUACGACUGAGUGAGCGUUUGCAGAAAUUUAAUGACUAUGAUUAAUAAACGAAACCUAGAAUAGUUACACGGGAAAAAAGCUAAAGGAACUCAAUACAUUAUGAGGGAUACUGUUUACAAUCUCGUUUUUUUUUUUUUUGUCGCAAUUAUUCAGCAUCAUCAGUUGAAUCUUGGCGCAUUUAUUUAUUUUUCUGGGCUCAAUGGCUGGGACUUUAACAUUCUAGCAUAAAACAGCAGAACUAGAACCACACAUAGAAUAGAACAGCAAAUUGAAAUGAUUGCAGAUUUCAGAUGACGAGCGUAAAAUUAAAACGAAGUUGCUAUUAUAA